AUGUCCUCAGCCGCUCAUGUCAUGGCCGCGAUGCCAACCAUGCCCACCAUGUCCUCGUACCCGGACCACGCCUGGGUCGAAAGAGAGAACCGAUCGAAUGUUGCUCACGAGCCCGUACCUUCGUUGGUCAAGGCAACUGGCAAGCGUGGCCGCAAGGGCAAUAACUCCCCCGCAAACAAUGCCAAGCCAAAGGGAUCUGCUGCUCCUAAAGAUUCUAGCCGCUCGGAACGCUCUCUCGGGAUGCUGACCAGGCAGUUCAUUCAGCUUCUUAAGGACGAGAGUGGCACAUUGGAUCUCAACAAAACUGCGGAGAGACUCCAUGUGCAGAAGCGCCGAAUCUAUGACAUCACGAACGUUUUGGAAGGAAUUGACCUUAUUGAGAAGUUCAAGAAGAAUAACGUCCGCUGGAAGGGUGUCUCCGCCACGAGCAAAGUCAACAAAUCAACGGCGGGUUGCAAAACGGCCUCGCCCUCUCUCAUCCGCCAGCGUAAAGAGGAGCUAUUGCAAGAGAAGGCUCGUCUGGAGCAGGAACAUGCACGUUUGAUGCAGAUGAGGUCCCAGGUGGAUGGUGCCAUCAGAGAUACUCUUACCAAUGAAAACACUGCUCGAUAUGCCUAUGUUACCAUGGAUGAUAUCAAAAAGGUUGACUCUUUGCAAGAUUCCCUGGUUCUGGCUGUGAAUACUCCCUAUGAGACUUAUAUGCAAGUCGAUGAUGGUUCCGCAGAUCUCACAAAGCCAUUUGUUAUGAAUUUGGAACACAAGACACAAUCUGGCGAUGUCAAGCUGAGCUCAUUUGUUGUUCCUCCUCGUUGCAACGAGUCAGCUUCGCAGUCGUCUGAUUCGUCUACGGAGGGAUCGACCGAUUAUUCGUCCUUGGAUGAUUACUCUUCACAGGAUGAUGAGUCUACAGAUGAUUCAGAUUACUCGUCUUCAUCGGAUGAUUACAGCGACGAAUCAUCUGAUUAUUCAUCUUCGGACGAUGAGGAUUUGCCAACGACACCGUUGUACAAGACGAUGGUUGGCAAGAACAUGAUCCUCUCGAGUGUUCCUCAACAGGAGGUCGACAUCAUUCACCGUGCUGCCCUUGAGGAGGCAGAGGAGAGCGAGAAUGAGUGCAUGAGCGAGUAA